AUGGUGGAAAAGAAACUUUUCAAGACGAAGCUAUGUCUGUUGUACCAAAAAGGUCGCUGCAAUCGCCAGUAUUGUAACUAUGCACACGGCUCCGCCGAGCUCCGCCGAUCCUUCAACGGGAGGCAGGAUUAUCGAGGUAGAGACCUGAGAGAAAGGCUUGACAGAAGGCAUUCUCCACUGCGUAGAUACUCACCAGAGGGAGAUACAAGAGCAAGACAUGUAUCUCAUGGAGACAGUCCUCGCUCUCUUGGAAAAAGGAUUGAUGGAAAGGAAAGGAAUAGACAGCAGGCAGAUGUCCAUAGUGAUUAUUCUGGAGGCUUCAAAAUGUCCGAUGGAACUGAAGAUCAAACUAGAGAUAAAAGUCAGACAUCCUUUGAUUCCAGAAAUCUUCUUGAUGACAAGCUGAGGCAAAUGCAAUCAGAUAUUAUAAAGCUGGAUCACGACAAACAACAGCUGGAGAUCUUCCUAGAAGAGAAAGUUCAAGAAGCAGAUAGCCUAAAUUUGGGAAUUCAGGAGCUUGAAAUGCAACUAUCCAAAGAAAAAGAGGAAUGCAAAAGGAUUACUUCGAAAAUGAAAAAGUUCAUCAAAGCACAAGGUCGACACUUGCGGCUACAAGAAGAAUUGAAGAGGUCACAGGCUCAGCUUAAGAAGCUGGGUGAGCAGCUUGGUUCAGAUGCUACAGGACUUAGAGCUAAUGAAGAUGAUAUAAAUAUUAACACCAUGAGUGACUAUGAAAUUGCUGAUGAGCCUCUAAAAGAUGCUUCUCCACUCAAGAAAAGAACAAGAGUUCACUUGGAACCUCGUGAUAUCUCAAAUCAAGAAAAUCCAACUAGAGGAGAUAAAUUGGCAAAACUUUCCCGUCGUCAUAUGCAUCAUCUGCAAUCAAGCUAUAUCAAGGAAUCUGAGGCAUAUGGUGAUGCAAAUAAUGGGCACAAACAAUCAGCACACGGAGAAGAAGCAAGGAAGGGAGUAAACACUCUUGAUAUUGCCUUACCAGACAAGUCCAAGGCAUCUGAAUCAGGCCUUCCACUGCCGCCAACGGGCAUGGCUGCUCAUGCUGUUGAUGAAGAUGCGGAAGUUGUUGAAAUGGAGGAAAAGGCCCAUGUGGUUGCAGCUGCUUCUACUGGAACCGGGACAGAAGUUGCAUUUAAGAUCCCGUGCUUACCGUUUAUGCUGCCACCACCACCACCUCUGAUCCCGCAGAAUGUUUAUAUACAGUACAAGGGAGAUGAUGAGAAUGUAGAUAUCGAUGGACCUGAUGAGGAGAUGGUAGAAGUGGAUAUUGUUUGA